AUGUUUUUACGUAAGCUUCGAAAGCCGCCUUCUGGCUAUGUGAUUUACGCAGGAGAAGUCCGUAAAAAACUGCUUCAGGAUAAGCCAGACGCCCCCUUUGGAGAGAUAUCUCGCGAAGUUGGUCUCAUGUGGCGUCAAAUGCCGAUGCAUGAGCGUGACGUCUAUGAGCGCAAAGCACAGCUGAUUAAACGCAGAAUGGCUGAUGAAGAAACCAAUUCGAAAUCUCUUGACAAAACCAAUCAACCUGAGGAGAUGGCAUGCACUAGUCUUACUAGUAUGCCGGGACUCGGAUCUAUGUCAGCUGAUCAGUCAAAUUCUCAAAGUAGUUUCGUUGACGCAACUACAGGUAUGCCAGUUAGAACUGCAGGUUCUGCUGAAUCGCUUAGGCCAGGACUUGAUGUGCCUGCAGCCACAGUCAGGAACCAAGCCCAACAUCUUCAACAACAACAGCACUUGCAUCAGCAACAGUCUCAGCAAAUUCAGCCCCCAAUUUCUCACCGGCCUCAGCAUCAAUUACUCCAACCUGGUCUCUCUUCGGUUGGCCUUGUCGGAGGAGCUCCUCUUUCUGGGAUCACUGCUGGGUCUAGUGUAGGCCUUCAUCAUAUUCUUCCGCCUGGAUCAGUCCAAAAUUCCGCAAGCUCAGUCGCUCCAGCUCUCAUGGUGGCCAAUUCGAGCCCGACUGUAGUGGCUGCUACAACUGCUACCUCUCAAGCAGGUGGACUCGCUCUGUCGGUGGGCAUGCCUGGUGGCACCUUGCAGCCAUCCCCGAUGUUAUCUGACCAACAGCAGGUUGUUUAUCAGUUCCCAACCGGAAACCCUGAUCCUCAGUCCGGCCAGUCUGCUACACUUCUUCUAUCAAACCAGUCUGCCCCUGGUUCUAGUUCCACUCAGCCUGCACAUUCUUCUGCUUUGACAGCCCAACAUUCCGGCCUCCUUACUGAUUCGACCAUUUCAGUUGGAUCAGCUGUUUCCGUCGUUCCUACCAUUGCUUCUAUCGUCUCAUCUGCAUCUGGUCCACUAGUUGUUGCCUCGAAUUCACUACCAGCUUCAGCCUCAUCAUCUGCACCUCGCCUCCUUCCACUACCGGGAGUCCCAGUCGUUUCUGAACUCUCCUCAGCCAGCCCUACGCCCUCUCUACAAUUGAGCCUUUCACAGACUCAUCAACCGCCAUCGACAACUUCUUUGUCACUUGUUCACCCUCAAGCUCAGGCUACGAUUGCCCGAUCUCCAUCGGCUGCAUCGGUUCCUAAAUCGGCAGACUCUUCAAUACUUUUUAUCUGA